AUGAUAACUCAUACAGCAAUAUUUUGGUCAUUUCUUAUCUGUCUCAUUCCAUCCAUUAUUUGUUCAUUAUUUGUUCUAUAUCAUCUUCUAUUCGAUCGAACUUUACGUCAUGGUCUUCAUAAUCAUGUUAUUAUUAUUGUUCUCAUUAUUGGUCUUAUUUGUGACGUGACACUCUAUCCAUGGAUGCUUUAUUACUAUCGAUAUGACGGUAAAUGGAAUAGAUCACCUAUCUUUUGUAUCAUUUGGGUAUUUAUAGAUUGGGGACUUUAUAUAACACAUACAGUACUUUUUUCUUGGGCUACAAUUGAAAGACAUAUUCUUAUAUUUCAUGAUCAAUGGGUAUCAACAAAAAUAAAACGUUUUUUUGUUCAUUAUCUUCCUUUGAUUGCACUUCUUUUCUAUUGUCUUAUCUUUUAUUUGGUACUCGAUUUUUUUCCAUCAUGUGAAAAUUUAUUUCUUGAUUUCAAUAUAAUAUGUGUCUAUUUGUGUGUAAGACAAAUUUAUGCAUUAACUAUGUGGGAGACGAUAGGCCAUCAGAUAAUACCUGUUUUAACAAUUCUUAUAUUCAGCAUUGCUUUAUUUAUGCGUGUUUUAUGGCAAAAACAUCGAGUGAAUCAACCAAUUCAAUGGAGAAAAUAUCGAAAAAUGACAAUUCAAUUAUUAUCUAUUUCAUUUCUAUAUCUUAUAUUCUUUUUUCCAGCAACAUUUAUGACACUUAUGUAUAUGUGUGGUUUAUCAUAUGAGAUAGGUGCUGAUUUUUAUGAAUAUACGAACUUUUUCAGCUAUUAUAUGAUACUAUUGUUACCUUUUGUUUGCGUUUUAUCAUUACCUGAACUUCGAACUAAAUCCAUGAACAUCUUACAUUUACGAAGACAAGUACGACAUAUUGUUCCUACAUAA